AUGUCGAGUUUCAUACCCUCAGAUUACAAAGCCCUUGAUCUCUCUGGAGAUAAUUAUCUUGAUUGGGCUAUAAACACUUCAGCCGUCUUGAAGUCUAGAGGACUUGGGAAGUGCAUCAAGUAUGGCAAUGACACCCUUGCGUGUGAAAGACACAGAGCCAUAAUGAUUAUGCGACACCAUCUCUGUGAGGACCUAAGAGACGAGUUUGGAUAUGUUAAUGAUCCUCAUAAUCUCUGGUCAUUUUUGAAUUCUAGAUUCUGUGAGCCAUUGUUGCACGAAUCCAAGAAAAAAUGGGAAGCUCUAAGGUUCCAGGAUUAUGAAUCCGUGGACAAUUAUCACUCUGAUCUUAUGAGAAUCACCUAUAGUCUUAGACUAUGUGGUGAAUUGGUAACAAACGAGGAUUUGUUAAACAAAACUCGUGACAAAUUCCAUUCAGAGGAAGUGUUGUUAUCACAUCAGGCCAAAGGUUUCACCACCUAUUAUGACCUGUUCUCAUAUUUAUUAGACAUUGAGCAAAAGAAGCAGAAAAGGAUGGAUAACAUCAGACGGUUUAAUGACAUCAUAAAGAUAUAUUAUGAAGUACUAGAUAGUGAGAGGAAAAUCCCUGAAGCUAAUAAAGCCACAUUUGAUAAGAAGAGAUAUGAGGAGGAUUCCGAGUGGACACUCAUGGACCAUGAGGUCAGAUUAUACAUUGAAUAA